CCCUCAAGGCUCCGCGGCGCCGGGACACCUCGAGGCCUUCCGAACCGCCUGGCGGCAGGCCGGGUCCGGGACACAGGAACUGCCCCCACCGUCCCGCCCGGAUUUACCGCGCUCUCUUGCCGCUCCCCGCGCUCCACCGUGGGGCGGCUGCCGACCGCUGAGGAGAGGAGGCGGCGGUGACAACAGCACCCACCCCGCAACACCCGGGCAGCCGCCAUCGCCCAUCUCCUGCCGGCGCCUGGCACUUUACGGCGAUGUCGCAAACACAGGACGGCGGAGAGCGCGGCGCCGCGGUCGGGGGCGGUGCUGGGGAGGGGGCUGCGUCCGUCGGCAGCGCCGUGUCCGCCCCGUGCGCUACCUCCCGGCAGCGGGGCGGGGCUCGCAGGGCUCGCAGCCGCUCGGCUCGUGGCGCAGCGGCGGCCCGGGAGCCCAGUCCAUCGGCCGCGGUGGCUGGCGGUUCAUCUGAAACUGGACAAACAAAGAGAAUGGAUAUGGGUAACCAACACCCAUCCAUGAAACGGUUGCAUGAAAUACAGAAAGAAGUCAAAGAGAUUGAACAGCAAGUGGUUGUCUUCAGUGGUCUGUCUACUGAUCGAGAUUACAAGAAACUAGAAAGGAGCCUUACCAAACAGCUCUUUGAAAUAGAUUCUGUGGACACUGAAGGCAAGGGCGAUAUUCAGCAAGCCAGAAAGCGAGCUGCUCAGGAAAUAGAGAGGCUCCUUAAGGAGCUGGAACAAAAUGCAAACCAUCCACGCCGACUGGAAAUAGAGGCUAUAUUCAAGGAGGCACAGUCUCUUGUGGAACGUGAGAUUACACCUUUUUACAAAGGAGGUAACUGUAUAAGUGAUGAGUUCGAAGAAGGUAUUCAAGACAUUGUACUGAGGCUUACCCAGGUGAAAACUGGAGGGAAAGUUUCUCUACGCAAAGCAAGAUACCGCACUCUGACAAAAGUAUGUGCUGUUCAGGAGAUCAUAGAAAGCGGUAUGAAGCAACAGCUGUCCCUGCCACUCUCUAAUGAUGCACAUCCUUCUGUCUCCAAAAUUAACUCUGUAAUGUGCGAUGUGAACAAAGCAAGAGGAACUCUCAUUGCGCUUCUAAUGGGAGUGAGUAGUAAUGAUACCUGCAGGCAUCUGUCCUGUGUGCUUACGGGCCUUAUUGCUGAUUUGGAUGCUUUAGAUGUCUGUGGACACACAGAAAUCAGAAAUUACAGAAAGGAAGUUGUAGAGGAAAUCAAUAAAUUGCAGAAAUAUCUGGACUUGGAAGAAGAAGCAGAUUCUACUCAGGCUUAUGAUUUGGCACAAAAUCAGUCCAUUCUAAAAAUAGAAGAGAUCCGGAAGAAAAUGAAGGAAAUUAAUUCUUUACUUUUAAAAACAGAGAAUGCUUCUGAUUUGUUUUUGGGAUCCAGAGCAGAAUUGCAGGGAUUAAUUGCCCGCUUGGAUGAAGUGAGUCCAGGAAAAAACCCCUGUAUUAGAGAAGCCAGGAGAAGAGCAGUAAUAGAAGUUCAAACUCUUAUAACGUAUAUUGAUCUGAAGGAAGCACUUGAAAAGAGGAAAACGUAUUCUGAGCAAAUUGUUGCUGAACAUCAGUCUCAUAAAGCAGUUUGGAAUGUUCUUGGAAACUUGUCUCAAAUUCAGCAGGAGGUGAUUUCAUUUGAUGGAAACAGAACGGAUAAGAAUUACAUGAGAUUGGAAGAACUUCUCACAAAACAACUUCUAGCACUUGAUGCUGUUGAUCCCCAAGGUGACGAGCGAUGCAAGACUGCUAGAAAGCAAGCAGUAAAGCUUGCACAGAAUAUCCUUUACUACCUGGACAUGAAAACAGAUGAAUGGGAAUACUAAAAUAGCCAUGGCCUGACAGAGCGGAAUGAUUUUUCCUUUGGCACUUUAUGCAGAUCAUAGGCAGCACAUAAUGCAAGUGGUGUGUUCUGUGCUUGCUUGUAUCACAAAGAUUGCAUAAGCAGUUGACUUGGCUGUAUGUCUGCUAUCCCACGCAGUCACCCACUUUCCAUGGCAACUGUCAGUACACCAUCAGCAAUUCUGGUCAUUACUAUAAGUAAAGAAAGUGUGAUUCUCUGAAGGAUUAGCUUAAUACUUGAUAAAAUGGCUUCUUUUUUUCCUCCUGUUUUUGUUUUAAUAACCUUGUGCAAUGUUCAGUGGAUGCAGAUUUUUCAAAGAUGCAGAAACUGCCUUAUGGUAUGGUACUAGCAAAAUUAUUUAUAGAAGACUGGAUAUGGAAAUUAAUAUUCAAGCAUGAGGCUCCAUCCAACAACUUCACAGGAGUCUGGUUAUACUCUUAAUGUGCGAAGGGCAAAAAACCUGCUAGCUUUUGGGUUGUAGAUUUAUUCCAUCCCGCACACUUUUCUGGGUGUUUGGAUUUCUCAGCUAAUGGAGCUAUAAUGCCAACUGCAAAUUAGCAUUUACAUAGGCAAAGCCAAUUAUGUCUAUUUUUUUAAUAUCUGAGCCCUUUGAUUUGGAAAAACAGGUCUUUUGUUGUUGGAAACUGUCAAAUUAUUGCUUUAAGUUGCUGAGACUUGAAGAGGGAAAUCUGUACAUAGGUACUGACCAGAUAAAUUGUAUUUAAGGGAUUUCACACUGCCAUCCAUAAAUAUUGACAACUUAUACAUUGGUAAUCUGAAAGCUGCACUGAAUUUUGUAUAGUGGCUACUUAGGUGUCUUUUUCAACUCUGUUGUUAGCUCUGGUUUGGAGUUGUCUUUUCACAUUCAGUGAAAACCCAAACAGAAUUCACUUUAAAGUGAAUGAACAUUUUUGAAAUUAUUUUUGUAAAAUCAGAUAGCUAUAAAGAUGUCCCUAAUGAUGUAAAUGCAUGUUACAUGUUUCAUACUGGUCAGCUGUGGCUUUAAGCAUGUCUUGGAAAAGACAAGGCAAAUGCUUCUUCUUGCAACCCAGCACUUAAUUGUUUUAGUAACUUUGUAAAUAAUCUUGCUUAUACUGUUGUAUGCACCUGCCUUUUAAUUUGUGGUUGCUAGUGCCAGUCAAAUUUCUACUAUAGAAUGGUUUUAGGCUUUUUUUUGAGAGCAUGGCAUUAAAAUGAAUUCAUUAUAAAGAUACAUUUAAUUAUGGGUAGUUUGCACUUAGGUCUUUGAUGUUGAAUUAAUUGAUUAUCUAUAGAUGAUGAUUUGCACCACUUAAAGGAGUAAAAAACAUUUUGGGUGUUAAAUAUUUUUAGAUCUAUUUUUGACUGAUUAGAAAAGACAAUACUGUCUGUGAGAGACAAGUGCCUUUAUGACGCUGCUAACUUGCACUGUCAUAUGUAGAUAGAGAAACUGUUUACUGGCAGCUUGAUAUUUACUGGCAGCUUGAUAUAUUUGUAAUCUUUACAAACUGGAUUUCUCGCAUAAAUAUAACUAUAGUAUAAUGUAUGUCAAUGUAACAUAAUAUAAUAGAUGACACUUGUUCUAUUGAGUCCUGAGAAUGAAUAUAAAAAUUGGAAGAUGUGGAUUCUGCUUAAAAAUUAAUGCAUUGAUGUUGAGGUGGGGGACUUCAGGCAGAUUUCCUGUGCCUGCUCCUGCAAUAAGGAGAGAAUAUGUUUGCUCCGUAAUAUGCUUUGAUAUCAUCUAGUUUUUGAGGCUGUGUAACGUCAGAGUGUGAAUAUAUUUGGUUUGUGAUUGUACAGGGGAUUGCUUUGUCAAUUUACUUACCUAAACUGGCAUAUUUGUUUUCAGUUGAGUACAGUGCCUAAGCCACAAUUAGGCAAUCACAGAAUGUUUGUUGUAGGAUCAUAGGCUGGUUAGGGUUGGAAGGGACCUUCAGGAUCAUCUAGUGCCAUCUCCCUGCCAUGGGCAGGGACACCUUCCGCUAGACCAGGUUGCUCAAAGCCAAAUCCACCCUGGCCUUGAACACUUCCAGGACUGGGGCUUCUACAGCUGCUCUGGGCACCCAGUUCCAGUGUCCCACCACACUCAUAGUGAAAAAUUUCUUCCUAAUAUCUAAUCUAUAUUUUCCCUCUGUCAGCUUAAAGCCAUUCCCCUUUGUCCUAUCACUACAAGCCUUCAUAAAAGGUCCCUUUCCAGCUUUCAUGUAGGCCCCCUUUAGGUACUGAAAGGCUGAUAGAUGUCAUCUCUGGAGCCUUCUCUUCUCCAGGCUGAACAACUCUUGUCUCAGCCUGUCUUCAUAGGAGAGGUGCUCCAGCUCUCUAAUCAUCUCUGUGCCCUCCUCUGGACUCGCCUGAGCAGGUCCAAGUCUGGCCUGCUGACUGUUCCUGCCCCAGGAGAAGGAAGGGUCUAGGCACCUCUUGCAGACUGAGGUCUGCACUGCAGCCUCUCUGUAGCUGCUUCAUAUGAGUAAAGGCUUCAGCCACCCCUGACUGGUGCAGAUGAUACAGGUCCCCCAAAUGGGGCUGCUGCUUAUGCUUUCCAACAUGUGCCCACCACUCUGCCUUGAGGGUCAGGUAGGACAUGUGCCCUGACCUGUGUAGACAGCGUGUGGAAUGCAUGAACUGCUGUGCUCUGGUCACCACACUCCCUGGGGCUGCCCUUUGUGGGAGUUGGAGGAGCCAUUACUCCUGGCCCCUCUUUUGCGAGCAGGUAGGUCUCAGUGCUCCCCUGGGUUUCCCUGGCUCAGGAAAACCACCCUGAAUGCCCCUGUCCAUUGCAGGCCCCUGCUUUGCUGCAGAACACGCCUUCCUGAAGCUGUUUGCUUCAGCAAGUGACCCAGGACACUCUGCGCACCUUCAGAGAUACAACCCUGUUAAAUUUCUCUCUCCUUGCCUCAAAAAAAGAUACAUUUCCCCCUAGUUAAAAUUUCAGUAUAUUUAUAUAUCAGGUGGCUAACACAGAAUAUUAAUAAUGGUAUGCACCUGAAUACUCAUUUCAAGCUUUCUACACAUUUGAACUGUAACUUCUGAUUUGCAUUUACAUUUUUGGGAAAUAGAAGUAUUUGAUAGCGUAAUGAUAUUACACAUUUUUUCUUUAGUAUUACUGUCAGGUCUGCAGUGGUUACUUGUAGUUUGUUUAACAAUUUAGUGUGUAUGUUCUUUGGAGGUUAUGUGCAGCUUUAUAAAUGUUUGAACCUCUUAGGUAAAAAUGAGUAAGUAUAGUUUUCAUCUGUUCUAUUUUACAUUUUUGUCUUAGCUUUUCUGAAUGAAUUGUUACACCUGUGUCUCUAAGAAGGCAAAUGAGUGAGAUUAGUGCAAUUUUGACUGAGUCGAGUUCAUACCAGUUCAUACCACAUACCAAGAUGCUAUGUGGAUUAAGCUUUGUUCCAGUGUCCUUUGAUCUUAUAAAUUGACUAUUUAAAUUUUAAGGUAAAAUCCUUAUCUGGAAUGGGUUUAAUUCACAAUUUUUGCAUGAAUGAAAUAAACAAAGUAUGCUUAACAAGCAAAAAAAAAAGAAAAAAGCACACAUUUCCCUAGAUCUUGCUUUUGUGCUGAAGAAUGUAAUUUCUCUAGUUUUUACCCAAAGAUUGAGGGACACAACUUUCCUUGUUUUUGUGGCAGGCUAAAGUAAUCAGCAACAUGCAAAUGGACCAAAUGGAAGGAGCCUGCAUUUUAGUACUGUACUGAAAUACAGUAACUUUUCUGUGUGCUAGGUUACCUACCUUAGAGCAAAAUAAACAAUUGGCUGUUUGGGGGAGAGGUAAUCUUAUAGCAUUAUUCCUAUUUGAUAAUUGGUUAUCUUUUAAAAUUAGUUUUCUUGAGUUAUUUCAGUGUUUAUUUUUGUUGUUUACUGCUCAAAGUGGGUUUUCUGUUACCAGCUUGGAGGAGAUUUUUGUUAAAUACGAUUCCUAUUUUUUCAAUUUAACAGGAGUCAGUGAACAUGCUCCUUAUGGUGUGUAUAUCUUGAUUUAUUGCUGUGUAGGAUAUGGCAUUUGUAUAUACAAAUUCAAGAUUAAAUAUUGCAAUGUUAUAUUCUUGAUUAUUAAUAAAAAUACAUUACUACCUUUUACUAGUUAUUCAUUUGAAUGUUAUGCCCUGCUGCCUUUCUCUAUUUAUUUUUGAAUGUGAGUUAUCAGAAUGUAAAUGAUAUUGUCUUGGAGAAAGUGUUUUUAUUAAGCAUAUGGACAUAAAGUUACUUUUUUCCCCUCCUUUAGAAGUUUGCUUUUCCACUGCUGUAUUUAUGAAAAUAAAGUUCUUUGUGUGAAAACCACUUAUAACUGUA